AAAAAGUAUAUACCAGAACAGAAAAUAAAACAAAAAGAGAGAGAGAGAGAAAGAAAGAGAGUUUAACUGCCCGUGUCUCUCUCUGCCACAAGACUUGAGUUUUGUCAGCGUUUUCAUAAACUUAUAAAGUUUCAUCGUUCAAUCUUUGUCUUCAUCUCUCUCUUCUCCUCUUCUUUCUCUCUUUGGUCACUCUCUGUUAAUAUCCGAAACAAAGAAGAAGAAAAAAACAUCGUUAUUUCAAACCGUGUUCUGUUCGCGUAAUCAUCAUAGUUGUUAAAAAGAUUCCUCUUUGGUAUAUAUAUUUUUUUCGUAUUAUCAUAUGAUUGACUGAUUCUGUUUUCUUAUUUAAUUAACUCUGUAAUAAACUCAAAGUCGCUUCUUAUACUCAGAAGAAAAAAAACAGAACAAGAGGUUUCAACUUUGGUCUCAUCUCAAUUCCUCCGCAUGAUUAUCGAUUCAUAGUGCUCCGACCGGUUUGAUCUGAAAAAUCAGGGCUUGAAUCAAUUUAGGACAAGCUCUGUUGUUGUUUUCCAUAUCACAAAAAAAAUGGCGGAAAGGGUAGAAACAUCUGUUCCAGAAGGUGAAAACACGAUAGAAGAAAGACAUGUAGGAGCUAUGUGGGAGCUAGAGCAGAAGCUUGAUCAACCCAUGGAUGAAGAAGCUACUAAGCUCAACACCACGCCCAGAGAUAAGUUGUCGAUGUUGAUGCUACUGAGACUAUCAUUCCAAAGUCUAGGCAUAGUUUACGGAGAUUUAGGGACUUCUCCACUGUAUGUGUUCUACAAUACAUUCCCUGAUGGGAUUGAAGAUAGUGAAGAUGUAAUCGGAGCUCUUUCUUUGAUCAUUUACUCUCUUUUGCUUGUUCCUCUCAUCAAGUAUGUCUUCAUUGUCUGCAAAGCUAAUGACAAUGGUCAAGGUGGGACUUUAGCUAUAUACUCGUUGCUUUGUAGACAUGCUAAAGUGAGUCUAAUCCCGAAUCAUCAACGCAGCGAUGAGAAUCUCACUACUUAUAGUCGAACUCUAUCCACUGAAGGGUCUUUCUCUGCUAAAACAAAGAAGUGGUUAGAGGGUAAACAUUGGAGGAAGAGAGCUCUUCUUGUCAUUGUUCUUUUAGGGACUUGUAUGACCAUUGGUGAUGGUAUCUUAACCCCAGCCAUCUCCGUUCUUUCAGCUACCGGUGGGAUCAAAGUCAACAAUCCAAAGAUGAGCAGCGACAUCGUUGUCGUUGUGGCUAUCGUCAUCUUAAUAGGACUAUUCAGUAUGCAACACUACGGUACAGACAAAGUAGGCUGGCUCUUUGCACCUAUCGUCUUCAUUUGGUUCCUCUUCAUCGGAGCCACUGGUAUAUACAACAUAUGCAAACACGACACAAGCGUUUUAAAAGCGUUCUCACCAACAUACAUCUACUUGUACUUCAAAAGACGAGGACGUGAUGGUUGGAUCUCUCUCGGUGGCAUUCUUCUCAGCAUUACAGGCACAGAGGCACUAUACGCAGACAUUGCUUACUUCCCGUUACUAGCUAUACAGCUGGCCUUUACAUUUUUCGUCUUCCCUUGUCUUCUUCUAGCAUACUGUGGACAAGCUGCGUAUCUUGUGAACAACAAAGAUCAUUACCAAGAUGCUUUCUAUGCAUCUAUCCCUGAUAGUGUGUAUUGGCCUAUGUUUAUAGCGGCGACAGGAGCUGCAAUCGUUGGGAGCCAAGCUACAAUCUCAGGGACUUAUUCUAUAGUCAAGCAGGCUGUGUCUCAUGGUUGUUUUCCUCGUGUUCAGAUUGUUCACACUUCUAAAAAGUUCCUUGGUCAGAUCUAUUGCCCCGAUAUUAACUGGAUACUGAUGAUUGGCUGCAUCGCCGUCACCGCUAGUUUCAAGAAUCAGAGCCAAAUCGGAAAUGCAUACGGGACUGCUGUUGUGCUGGUGAUGCUUAUGACCACGUUGCUGAUGGUGCUGAUCAUGCUGCUUGUGUGGAGGUGCCACUGGAGCCUUGUCCUUAUAUUCGCCGUCCUCUCACUGGUAGUGGAGCUUUCUUACUUCUCAGCAGUGAUCUUUAAGUUUAUUGAAGGAGGAUGGGUUCCACUCAUCAUAGCAGCCAUCUCUCUUCUUGUAAUGUCGGUUUGGCAUUACGCAACGGUCAAGAAGUAUGAGUUUGAAGUGCACAGUAAAGUUUCAAUGAGUUGGAUACUUGGUCUUGGUCCUAGCCUCGGUCUUGUCCGUGUCCCAGGGAUAGGGUUGGUCUACACGGAGUUAGCUAGAGGUGUCCCUCAUAUCUUCUCUCAUUUCAUCACUAACUUGCCAGCGAUUCACUCGGUUGUUGUCUUUGUCUGCGUCAAGUACCUUCCUGUUUACACCGUCCCUGAAGAAGAGAGGUUUCUUGUCAAGAGAAUCGGACCAAAGACAUUCAGAAUGUUCCGUUGCGUAGCUAGGUAUGGUUACAAAGAUCUGCAUAGGAAAGACGAUGAUUUUGAAACCAAACUAUUUAAUAAACUCUUAUCAUUCGUCCAUAUCGAAACAAUGAUGGAGCCAGGUGCAAACUCAAGCACGUACAGCAGCGCAUACUCAGUCAACCAAACACCAGAUGCAUUAGUCCAUAACAACAACAACAACAACCACAACAGCAACAACAACAAUGAGAACAAUGAAAACAACAACAUGGAUAUGUUCUCAUCGAUGGUGGACUACACGGUAUCGACUUUAGACACCAUAGUUCCCGUUGAUUCUCCGCAUAGCAGGAUGAGUUUCAGGCAUAGCAACACUAUAGAAGAAGAAGAGGAGGAUGAGUUGGAGUUUUUGAAGACAUGUAAAGAGUCAGGGGUUGUUCAUAUAAUGGGAAACACUGUGGUGAAAGCAAGAAGCGGAGCAGGGCUUCCCAAAAAGAUUGCGAUUGAUUAUGUUUAUGCUUUUCUUGCUAAGGUUUGUAGAGAGAAUAGUGUUAUCUUACAUGUUCCUCAUGAAACCCUUUUGAACGUUGGACAAGUCUUUUAUGUUUAGUUUUGUUCUCUUAUUUUUUUGUAAGACAGUUACAGAUAAAAUGGAAUCAAAGGAUACCAAUUUCAAGGUUA